AUGGGGCUACAAGUUAGAGGAAAUUGCAUCAACCCCAAGAAGAAAAUUGUUGACACGAAUGCAUGGAACGAUAACAAACGAAGAUUUUCGUUGUUGGUGAGUGCAAGUUCUAACUGUAGUCCUAGGGCAGUGGACACAAACUAUGCAAUGAAACAUGUUCCAUUGGGAAAUGAAAGCACAGAACAUACACCACUUGAUCGCAUCAUUCGUGGAAGCUUUGUGGAGGAGGGGUUUGUAUAUCAGCAAAGUUUCUGUGUCAGAAAUUACCAGAUUGGACCAGAUAAAACUGUCACCAUGGAGACACUCAUGUAUUUUCUCCAGAACGAUUUUGGAGCUACUCACGAGAUGGACCUUCGCAAACUCAUUUGGAUCGUUACUCGGAUUCAGGUUCAAGUUCAGAGAUAUAGCAAACGGGGUGAUGAAAUUGAGGUUCAAACCUGGAUUGAUACUGCGGGGAGGAUUGGAAUCCGAAAAGAUUGGAUAAUCAGGGAUCGUCAUACUAAAGAGAUCAUAGCAAAAGCAACUAGCACAUGGGCGUUAAUGAAUAAAGAAACAAGAAGAUUAUCCAAGAUUCCUGAAGAAGUUAGACAAGAACUUGCUCCUCUCUUCUUUAAUAGGUUUGCCAUUGCCACUGAAGAAAUAGAUCAUCAGAAGAUACACAAACUCACUGAUGCCACUGCUGACAAAUUUCGCUCUGGGGUGACUCCAGGGUGGAAUGACAUGGAUGCUAACCAGCAUGUUAACCAUGUAAAAUACGUCAAAUGGAUCUUAGAGAGCGUCCCAAGAGAAAUAUUAGAAGAAUACAAAUUGAGAAGCAUAAUUUUAGAGUUUCGGCGUGAAUGUACGCAAUCAGAAAUGUUGGAAUCAAUGACAAGUUCAUCAUCCAAAGUGAUUGGUGCUUCGAAUAAUAACUAUGUUGGCAGAAAACGGGACCUGCAAUAUAUACACUUGCUUCGUCUUCAAGAAAAUAAAACGGAGUUGGUUCGUGCCAGAACCGAAUGGCAUCUCAAGGAAAACCACGAGUAA